AAGCGCCAACAAACGAUGAAAAGAGACAUGACACCAAUGACAAAAAGAAGCGCCAACAAACGAUGAAAAGGGACACAACACCAACGACGAAAAGAAGCGCCAACAAACGACGAAAAGAAGCGCCAACAAACGACGAAAAGAGACACGACACCAACGACGAAAAGAAGCACCAACAAACGACGAAAAGGGACAUGACACCAAUGACAAAAAGAAGCGCCAACAAACGACGAAAAGGGACAUGA